AUGACACAGCGCGACAAUACCGACCGGGAAGCCGGCUCCGGCGGCCAACCUACGGAAUUCGACGUCGAGUUUCUCGGCCGACAACGCCCGGCCGUCUUCAAGUCCCAAUGGUCCGAACUGGGCUUCUGCUUUUCCCUUUUGGGAUCCAUGUUGAUGGCUGAAUACUUUGUCAGUGGCUUUCACAUCAUCCUCCCGCCCCUCGCCGAAGAGCUCGACAUCCCCGCCGCCUCCCAAACAUGGCCCUCGAGCGUCUUCUCUCUCGUCACCGGCGCCUUUCUCCUCCCGCUCGGCAGGCUGGGUGACAUGUACGGCGGCUACCUGACCUUCAACAUCGGCCUCGCCUGGUUCUUCGUCUGGUGCCUCGUCGCCGGCUUCAGCAACAACUACAUGAUGCUCAUCGUCUGCCGAGCCCUCCAAGGCCUCGGCUCCGCCGCCUACCUCCCCGCCGGCAUCAUGCUGCUUGGCAAAAUCUACCGCCCGGGGCCCCGCAAGAACCUCGUCUUUGCCCUGUACGGUGCCUUUGCGCCCAUCGGCUUCUUCUUUGGCAUCCUCAUCGGCGGCGUGUCGGGCCAGUUCCUCAACUGGCGUUGGUACUUUUGGCUCGGCAGCAUCGUCCUGGGUAUCAUUGCCGCCGUGUCUUUCAUCACGAUCCCGCACGACUACGGCGAUAAGCGCCAGGAGAUCCGCAUGGACUGGUGGGGCGUCGCGACCAUCGUUCCCGGCCUACUGCUCGUGGUUUAUGCCAUCACCGACAGCUCACACGCGCCCCAGGGCUGGGCGAGCCCCCAGAUUCUCGUGACGCUGAUUUUGGGCGUCGCCUUCCUCGUGGCGGCGUGGUACGUCGAGAGCCGCGUAUCUGCGAACCCUCUGCUGCCAGGUGACCUCUUUGCUCCCAAAUCCAUGAAGACGCUCGUGGCCGCCCUCUUCUUCGCCUACGGCACUUUCGGCCUCUUCCUCUUCUACUCAAGCUUCUACAUUGAGACGGUGUUGCACAAGUCGCCGCUGCUGACGGCUGUGUGGUACGUGCCCCUCAUCGUCGGCGGCAUCAUGAUCGGCACCGUCGGCGGCUUCACGCUACACCUGCUUCCCGGCAGAGUGCUCCUCGCCAUCUCGGGCACGGGCAACCUCCUGAGUGUGCUUCUGUUCGCCAUCAUGCCGGAUAACCCAAACUACUGGGCCUACGUCUUCCCCGCCAUGAUCUGCGGCACAAUCGGCAUCGACAUUACUUACACGGUCAGCAACGUCUUCAUCACGACCAACCUACCCAGCCACCGCCAGGGUCUCGCCGGCGCGCUCAUCAACAGCCUCCUGUUUCUGGGCAUCAGCUUCUUCCUCGGCAUCGGCGACGUCGUGGUCGGCGAGACGACCGGCCUGGGGCUCAAGAAGAGCUACCAGGCGGCCUUUUGGCUGGCCACCGGCGUCGCUGCCGUCGCGCUGGUGCUCUACGCUCUCGUUCGCAUCGGUUCCGCAAAGAGCGACCUCACGAUGGAAGAGCGCGAGCAGCUCGCCGCGGCGGACGCCGAGGCUCGAUCACGGUCAUUGGAUAACACGUCGACGAUGCACGAGGAUGCAAACGACCAAGACGCUUCGGCGACAGCGACCGACACCGAUGCGGAAAAAUGCAGGCCGUCUGCGCCGGAGGAACAGGUCCCGGGGAGGUGA